AGACAUAUAAAUAAGAUAAAAGAGAAGAAAGAAAAGCACACAUGGUCUGUUCAAAUCAUGGAUGAAAUGCUUAAAUAUGUUGAACCUUUCGAAUAUGAUAGUGGAAGUAUUCCCCAGCUCUCACAACCGAGAUCUGGAGAAACAGUACCUUAUGAUCAAAUUGACCCAACAUCACAUUGGAUGGUACCAGGAAAACGUUAUAAAAAAAGUUUUUGAUCAGGAAACAUCACUCUUGGCAUAUUAUGGAGAAGCAAACCCUGAUGAUAGUGAGUCUGAGGAAGAGCCAAGGCCGAAGGCUUCUGCACAUCAUUCUUCAGAAGUUAAACAGAAGGAAGAAGCAUUGAAGAGAACUUGGGGGAUGGGAAAAAGGAAGUCGCCAGUAUUAAUUGCAGCAGAGAAUGGCAUCAUAGAAAUGGUGGAGAAGAUCCUCAAACUAUUUCCAGCAGCCAUUCGCCAUGUAGAUUCAGACCAGAAGAAUAUAGUACUGUUGGCAGUGAAGAAUAGACAAAUCAGUGUUUAUGAGCUAUUACUCAAUCGGAAACCUCUGGAAGAAAGUGCAUUUCGUAUGGUUGAUAGUGAGGGGAACAGUGCAUUACAUCUUGCAGCAACUUUAGGAGAUUAUAGGCCAUAUCCCUUUGCAGCUUUGCAAAUGCAAUGGGAGAUCAAAUGGUAUAAGUACGUAAAGAAUUCCGUACCAAGACAUUUCUUCAUUCGCUACAACAACAAGAACCAGGUCCCAAAGGAGAUCUUCACAGAAUCACACAAAGAACUUGUUAGAGAAGGCGGCAAAUGGCUAAACAACACCUCAAAUUCAUGUUCAGUAGUAGCAACACUUGUUACAACCGUAGCCUUUGCCACGACAGCUACUAUACCAGGAGGCUUCAAGGAAAAUAGCAGCGAACCUACCCUUGAACACCAUCCUGGAUUUCUGGUCUAUGCAAUUUCAUCCCUCAUUGCUCUAUCCUUUUCAGUCACCUCUGUGGUCACUUUUCUGGCAAUUCUAACAUCUAGAUACCAAGUGAAAGAUUUUGGUAGAGGGUUGCCGCGAAAGCUAUUGCUAGGUUUAACAUCUCUCUUUAUAUCCAUAGGAGCUAUGUUGGUUUGCUUCUGUGCAGGGCACUUUUUCCUACUAAAAAAUGUACUGAAACAAACUGCAUUCCCCGUGUAUGCAGUGGCGUGCCUCCCAGUAACAUUUUUUGCGGUGGCACAGUUUCCCUUCUACUUUGAUCUCAUAUGGGCCAUCUUUAAGAAAGUGCCACAGCGUACUAUCUAUGGUUAGUGGUUGAAAUGUAAAUAAUUGCAGUUGUUUUUCUCCC